CCCCGUCCCCGCUGGCUGGCAAUGUGGGGGUGGCUGGGCUGGCUGGCUGGCUGGUUGCGCUGCACCGGAGCGGGAACACAACCGGCGCCGAGGACUUGUCCUUUGACACCAGCUGGACAGAAGAAACCAGGUCCUGCACUGUUGAACCUGCGGCCAUGGGGAACAUUUUUGGCAACUUGCUGAAGAGCCUGAUUGGCAAGAAGGAGAUGCGCAUCCUUAUGGUGGGGCUGGAUGCAGCUGGGAAGACCACCAUCCUCUACAAACUCAAGCUGGGAGAGAUUGUCACCACCAUUCCCACUAUUGGAUUCAAUGUGGAGACAGUUGAGUACAAGAACAUUAGCUUCACUGUGUGGGACGUUGGUGGCCAGGAUAAGAUACGACCUCUGUGGCGGCAUUAUUUCCAAAACACCCAGGGUCUGAUCUUUGUGGUGGACAGCAAUGAUCGGGAGCGAGUCAAUGAGGCACGCGAGGAGUUAAUGAGGAUGCUGGCAGAGGAUGAACUGCGCGAUGCUGUUCUCCUUGUCUUUGCUAACAAGCAGGAUCUCCCCAAUGCCAUGAACGCAGCAGAAAUCACUGACAAGCUGGGCCUCCACUCGCUGCGCCAUCGCAACUGGUACAUCCAAGCCACCUGCGCCACCAGCGGGGACGGCCUCUAUGAGGGCUUGGAUUGGCUGGCCAACCAGCUGAAGAACAAGAAAUGAGUGCAGGAAGGGGGUGGGCUAAGCCCCUCACUGUUGGUUCCAGUUUGGGUUGAAACCCCCCCUCCCCAGCCCCCCCUCCCCACCUUUCUUUCCCCUGUUGGAUUUGCUUUUCCUCGCCGGCACCGGUUGCUGAGGGGGUGGGGUGGGGUGAACUUUUGGUUUCUUCUCUCUCUUUUUCUCUCUUUUUCUCAUGUCCUUGCUCAG